AUGAACAGUGAUAACCAAAGUGCAAUCAGUAUUGCAUUGCAUGAUGGCUACCAUGCACGGAGUAAACACAUUGACAUUCGCUACCACUUUGUGAGGGAAAGGAUCAAAAUGAAACAAAUCUCUGUUCACUACGUCAGUACACAUGACAUGUUCACCAAGGCAAUGGGUCUGCGUUCCUGGGAGAAUGAAGGAAUUAGAAACGCAGAUGGCGCUUAA